CCUUGAUAUGGGGUUAUCUAACACAUUUCAGUCUAUGACUGUGAUACCAUUGCUUCUCAUUUCUGACUUAAUCUCACGUAAACCGGGCCAUCCAAAUGUGCAGACCCUCAGACUUUCCAUUAAUUUCAUUCUAUUACUUGAGGAUAUUCGUAUUUGAAAGAUCCAGGAUUAUCUUGUUUUAAUCGUUGGAUGCGCUGUGCCACAACUUUGCACGGACUUCACAUAGCUUAUGCUAACGAACCAUAGGGACGUUGACUACUGUUGCUUCCAUUAAAGGAUUGCUGGGAGCAAUAACCUUUGGACUAGGCCAGGGAAUCGGCAGUGUAGGUGGAAGUUUACUUAUUGGAGUCUACGGUCAGCGAGUAGCCUUCCGUAUUAUGGCUAGCAUUUCCCUUGUCACCGGAUUUUUAUAUUUCGUUUUCAACUUUUUCGUUUCGUUCAACUCGUUCGUUUCAAGAACAAGGAACGAACAAAAUAAUGCCACUUUUCGCGGAAUGCAGCUUCUAUGUUAACUAUCCAUUUUCUCGACGACAAAAUUAACGAAAAAGGUAUUUCUUGUCUUGUAAAUUUAUGUGGCGAAUGCAAAAGAAAUGGUCAAACACGAAGUUAAACUGGUUUCUACGACAUCUGCAAUUUUGGGACACUUAACAGAGAUAUCGAUAGUUGGUUUUGUUCCAGGUUUGUUCUUCAAUGAUUAAGUGAGUGCGACAUAGCCCGUCUGCCGAAGACAACAUAAGUUGAAGAAUUUUCAAGUUCAUACGAAUCUCGCCAAGUUGCACGACGCUGAUUAGAAGGACUUUCUAACAUAUGGUAAACCAUUUAAACCGCACUGAAGGUGUCAGUGGAACAAGGCAAACUAUUUGGGCACAGUUUUAACAACCGAAAUGUCCCUUUCAUUGUUUAUAUCACCUCUCACCUCAAUUUAACUCCCACUUGCCUCGAGCACCUUUUUUGUUUAAGCCACAUCUAUGGCCUUGAUCCACUUACAAAACCCGUUGAGCUUUCAUCCUUCCAGUGGAAAUUAUCAACAAUUUCCCAAAACAAAAAUAGCGAAAUGACUAGCCUACAACUAUGCGGGAAACGUGAAUUAACUGGCGUCAUAGUAACCUCGUGAGUAGGACAGACUAGUCUGGAGAAUAAGGCUUAUCUUAUUUUUGGUGGAAGCUGUAGCAACAUCCACGCUGAAGAGCUCCGAGUCAGCAGCAACAUUUCACAAGAAUUGCAGAUAAUUAAACUACAAUGAGCGACGAAGCAAACAAUAAUGAGCACCAACCUAAAGUUUCAAGACGCUUGGAAAAGAGGAAAGGAUUAGAAUUGCUGAUUUACGAUUUGAAACAGCCAAAACUUAUCCCCAUCAAAUUGUUGACCUUUAUCAUCCUGUCAGGUGUAGGAGUGCUAUUACCAUUUACAACUAUUCACAUGAAGUCAUUGGGAAUGAGUUUUCAAGAAGUGGGUGCCAUUUAUGGUGUUUCUUCAGUCGCUGCAAUUCUAUCGCCGUUUCUCCUCGGAUUAAUCGCCGACAAACUCGGAAAUUUCAAGGUGAUGAUGAGCAUUGUACAUGCCUCUCUCGGCAUCGUGGGGCUACUCUUUUUAACUGUGCCACCAAGCAAAGUGUGGCAUCCUUAUCCGGAGAAUUUAACAUUUGCACUCGGUUGCACGGACACUAAUCCACUGCAUUUGAAUUCAGCUACCCUUGCAUUGGCCGACCUCGACUCGAAUCCUUGCCACGUUCAUUCAGAAAUGAUUCGUGAAAAGUUAAACAACAUGUCAGUUGCACUAGAAGAAUGCGGCUAUAUAUGCUACGACAACAAUCGCCCGUCUGACGUGAGCAAUGCGGAGCUGAACGAGCCCACCACAGAAACGGACCCUUCUUUGCCGAAGGUUGCGGUCAAGAAAGUUGUCCUACCCAAAAUGGAGUUUCGUGAUGCAGUUUUUUUCCCGAAUUAUUGGAGUCUAGAUGUGACUUGUUCUCCAACUCGUAACGGCGACCAUAUCUGUGAGUUAAAUCGUAAAAAUGGUAGCGAGCCAAUUCAAGUGAACGCGACGCUUGGAUUGGAUUUGACCAGCAGCUCGGUCAACACUAGCGGACGGUUCCCAGUCAAAUGGAUGACGAUGGAAGACGGAAUUUACAGCGGACAGAAAUUGAGCAAUUUUGAGUGCGGGUCGUAUGGUGAAGAUCAGAAAUUCCGUCAAACGGUGUACUUCAAAGACUCUAAUCAAGCGGAUAAUGAUCGUGCCAUCUAUCAGUUCUGCAGACCUCAGUGUGUAGUGCGGAUUCAUCGCUCUGAGCUUUGUUCUAACUUGGCCUUAGAAGAGGUUUUUAAUCCUCAGCUGACCUUCUGGCUGUACAUGUUGUUUCGCUUUAUCUUUGACGUGUUGCUGGGAGGGCUGGACCUUUUUGUUGGAGCUUCCGUGGCUCUAGUCAGCGAAUUGGGUGGAGAUUAUGGUUUCCAGAGGAUGUUUGGCUAUAUUGGCAUAGCCAUCUUUUCGCCGAUUUCUGGACGUUUGAUCGAUGAGUUUAGUCCAGAUUUAAAUGUCUUGGGAAAUACCAGACCUGCCUUUUAUCUUUUUGCUGGCCUCUUUGGAGUAGCAGCCAUCGGGAUGUUAACAGUCCAUUUGGAUUUUAAACUUCCAGCGAAAAGGCUACUAAAAGACGUCGGAUCUUUACUCAAAAACGUUGAAUUGGAUAUGUUACUUGUGGUCGCCUUUGUCUCCGGAAUCUGUAACGGUUAUGGAUUUUACUACUUGUUUUUAUUCUUGGAAGAAAUUGGGGGCACCAGCUCUUUGAUGGGGCUGUCUAAUACGUUCCAGUGUCUUUCCGUAAUUCCGUUGCUCGUCUUCUCUGACCGCAUUUUUCGCAAAUUAAGUCAUCCCAACGUUCAAGUCCUCUGCUUUGCAGUGAACGUCAUUCGUUUAAUCGGAUAUUCAUAUUUGCACGAUCCGCAAUUAUGCCUCUUUUUUGAAUCGUUGGAUGCAAUUUCUUGGAAUUUUGCGCGAACGUCACAUGUAGCCUAUGCCAACCAACUAGGAACAACAUCUACUGUGGCUUCUAUUCAAGGCUUAUUGGGCGGAAUCACCUUCGGUUUAGGAUUCGGAGUUGGGAGUUUUGGCGGAAGUUUACUCAUCGGAGCCUACGGGCUGCGAGUGACAUUUCGCAUUUUGGGUGCCAUCUCUUUCAUCACUGGAUUCCUCUACCUUCUCUUCAACAUCUUUUACUUGCGACGAAGGAAUAGUGAGACUGUCAAUAACAUGGGCGCUGAUGGAGUUGCUGUUGAACCAACUGUUACGUCUAAUGGUGAUCGUCACUAGAAGGUCGUUUGUGCCAUCAUGGUUGAGCAAGACAACGAGCAUCAUUAUUGAGUAUUCUUUGUGAUUUAAAGAUUUCGUAAUUUAUUAUUUGAUCGCUACAGUCGUUAACAUCUUUUGCACAAAAUUCCAUGUUAACUAACAAACAGUUGUCUAAAUGAGAGAUCCGUGUAUUUUCUUCCAGAGCGUCAAUACAUCAAACUACAAUUA